AUGUUCAUGCCAGCACCUACUAUCAUUAAUGACCCUGCUGCCAAAAAGUCUCACCUUUGCCAAGAUGUUGGGCUGGAGGAACACGUGCUCUUUCAGGAGACACUGAAAGUCCUCGAGAGAAGCACAGAAGGAAGAUUUGUGAAAACAGACAGGAAGAUCAGUUUAGGAAAAGGCUUCUGCAGGCUGGAUGUAGAAACCACAGACAGAGCUGUUGGUGUUGGCAAAGCCAAACCUGGAACCCGGGUCUCCAUCGUCCUAUUGGGUACAUUUUUGUUAGCUCAGGCUCUAAGUUCUCCAAAACUACGUACCUUGGCCAGAGGUUUGUCUCCUGCUUACCUGAGAUUUGGUGGCACCAAGACAGACUUCCUAAUUUUUGAUCCCAAGAAGGAACCGACUUUUGAAGAGAGAAGUUACCUGCAAUCUCAAGUGAACCGGGAUAUUUGCAGAUAUGGAUCCAUCCCUCCUGAUGUGCAAAAGAAUUUAGAGUUGGAAUGGCCCUUCCACGAGCAAGUGCUGCUCAGAGAACAAUAUCAGAAAAAGUUCAAGAACAGCACCUACUCAAGAAGCUCAGUGGAUAUGCUAUACACUUUUGCAAAUUGCUCAGGACUGGACUUGAUCUUUGGUCUAAAUGCAUUACUAAGAACAGCAGAUUCCCAGUGGAACAGUUCCAACGCUCAACUUCUCCUGGACUACUGCUCUUCUAAGAAUUAUAACAUUUCUUGGGAACUAGGGAAUGAGCCCAACAGUUUCCGGAAGAAGGCUGGUAUUUUCAUUGAUGGAUUGCAGUUAGGGGAAGACUUUAUUGAAUUGCAUAACCUUCUAAGAAAGUCCACUUUCAAAAAUGCAAAACUCUAUGGUCCUGACGUGGGUCAGCCUCGGGGAAAGACUGUCAAGAUGCUGAAAAGUUUCCUGGAGGCUGGGGGAGACGUGAUUGAUUCAGUUACAUGGCAUCACUACUAUCUGAAUGGACGAAUUGCUACCAAAGAAGAUUUUCUAAACCCUGAUGUGUUGGACACUUUUAUUUUAUCUGUGCAAAAAAUUUUCCAGUUUAGUUCUAAGUUCCAUAGGUGGCUGGAUAAACUGGGCCUGUCAGCCCGGAUGGGCAUAGAAGUGGUGAUGAGGCAAGUGUUGUUUGGAGCCGGAAACUACCACUUAGUGGAUGAAAACUUCGAACCUUUACCUGAUUAUUGGCUAUCUCUUCUGUUCAAGAAAUUGGUGGGCACCCAUGUGUUAAUUGCAAGUGUGAAAGGUCCAGUUGGAAAUAAACUUCGAGUAUACCUUCACUGCACAAACAUCAACCAAAGCCCAAGGUAUAAAGAAGGAGAUUUAACUCUGUAUGCCAUAAACCUCCAUAACGUCACCAAGUACCUGCAGUUGCCCUAUCAUUUAUUUAACAAAGAAGUGGACAAAUAUCUCAUGAAACCUUCAGGACCUGAUGGAUUACUUUCCAAAUCUGUCCAACUCAACGGUCAAACUCUGAAGAUGGUGGAUGAUCAAACCCUGCCCUCUUUGACAGAAAAACCUCUCCGCCCAGGAAGUUCACUGGGUUUGCCAGCUUUCUCGUAUGGAUUUUUUGUGAUACGAAAUGCCAAAGUUGCUGCUUGCAUCUGAAAACCAAAGGCAUAUACUAGCUCUGAGAUUGAA